UGUUACCAGGAAGUGGGUCGAGUUAUUUAUAUUUCAACACUCGUCCUCUCGUACUCAAGGGAGAGUACCGGUGGUAGUAACCUGAAACUAUAUAUUCAAACAUUGUCAGGUUCUGGAUGCGUCGAAAACUGAUAGAGAACAACUGGCUUCAUGUUCAGGAAUGCUGAGGACCAGGAGAGAAUAUCUGUAAAUGUAGAUAAUGAUGUAAAUGCUGUGUGGGAGGGUAAAGUGACCCUGUGAGCGAUUCAACACUGGCAGAGGCGUUGAGAUGAAACUCCAUGAGAAGAUUUUGACCCAUUACCUAUCAUGCACCUCUCCGGUAGAUAAAGAGGGAUAUCUCUACAAAAAGAAAGAGCGAACUGCCACCUACCACCGACGGUGGUUUGUCCUGAAGGCAAACCUGCUUUUCUACCAGGAGCGCCCAGCUGACCGACACCUGCUGGGGGUCAUCGUGCUGGAGGGCUGUGUGGUCCGGCGCUCCGAGUCUGAUGGACAGUUUACCUUUUCCCUGGUGUUUGAAGGUCCUGGACUGAAAACCUACAGGUUUGCAGCAAGGGAUCAUCAGACUCAAGAAAGUUGGGUGAAAGCUUUGCUCUCAGCCAGCCACUGUUACCUCUCCCUGCUGGUGAGAGAUCUGGGGAGGCAGUAUGAAGAAGCUAAACAACAAGGCUCUGGUGAAUCCCGCCACAGCUCCUCUGUCAGUGCCCUCAAACCAUCUACAACCACCUUCUACUUGCCCUCCACAGGGGUCAGGGAGGGGAGAAGCUUGAGUGCCAGCACUGUUUUACCAGCACCCUCUAAAGUGGUAGCUAGAAAGUCUCCUAAACUGUGGCACAGGAGAAAUGCUCAUGUCACACCACUUAAUGGACCGGCGCCUUUGUAUGGCGAGUGGCCUCUGGUGGGGUUUGAUCCACUUGAGGAGUUUAGCAAACUUCAUGAUUAUUACGGCCAGGAAGUGAAGAAAGCAAGAGAGGAAUGGGUGAAGAGUCGACAAGCAAAAGAGGAGCACAGCGAGGGAGACCUCAUCGACCUGGGGUGAAAAAACAAACCGGUGUCCAGUUCAGAGACUCAUUUAAGAGGAAAUGAGAUGGAGUGCUUUGUGUGUGUUAAAAAGGAACUCAACCUGAAGUGUUGUGAGUUAUUCUCCUGUUUAAGAACAUAUUGUCCAGACACCUGUAAAUGCUAAAUGUUCCUUCCAUUUCAUAUGAGUUUCUGCCUACAGAUAUUGUACUUUAUAGGAUAUUUGUAACAUUUCAGCUGUUUCACUUUGUCUACAUAUGUAAUAUUUUUAACAAUUCAUGAACAGGAAGAUUUUUCUUUUGUGCCUAAACCGAACCAAACCUCAACCACAGUGGUAAAUAUCAGAAAACGGUUGUCGAAGCUCAACUAAGCUGUUGAGAUGUCACAAAUAAUAUAUAAACUACCUGUAGGUUGCUAAUUUUUCUGAUUUAGCUGUAAAUUUGCCUUAAAGUAUCCAUGGGAUGCAACAAAAGUCAGGCAGAUAUCUGCACAUUUUGGACAAGAAGCAAUGUGCAGACAGGGCUUUUUUUUUGUCUCUAUUCUAUUUAAGUGAAAGCUGUGACAUUGUAAUAGUGACCCUGAAACUGAAGCAGCUAAAUAGAAUUCAGCCAUCAUUAUUUUAUUUAUUUUUGUAACUUUUGCUUUUACUGCUUUUCAUACUGUAACAUGUCUUCCAUGAAAAAUUCCUAGUCUUUGUUUGUUCUCUAAGGUAGUUUGAACCUGCAGCUAGUUGCAUAUGCACUGAGCAGUUUAGUACUCACAUGUGGUGCAAUUAACAAUUUUAUCCAUGGCAUAAAAGGGCCUUUUUAAACCAGUAUUAAGCAAAGAGUGUUAUAUAUUUUUCAUUGCAUGAAAAAAUUAAAUUGAUCUGCCGACUUAAA